AUGGCUCCCACAGCAGUUUUUGAUUCUCCCACCCACGCCGUCAGCGCCCAUACAGCCGACCUUAAGGCCCGGGCCGCUAGCAAGAUCCUGAACGGUCUUGAGGCAAAGGUUGUCGACAGCAAGGUCCAAGUCCAGCAUUCCCCGUCGCCACUUGCCGAUGAUUACAUAUAUGACUUCCAAUACAACCACCGCCUUCCCACCCACGACGCUCUCGGUGUUGCCAUUGCGCAUGAUGUCGAUGCCACCAAGGUCGCCAAGGACCUUGUAGCCCAGCUUUCGGAGAUUCUAGGCAACGGAAAAGCCCAGGAGUUUGCGGAUCUAUUCAUCGAAUACGGUGUCUGGCGUGACAAGCUCACUUUCACAUGGGACUACCGAACCUUUAACUUCCGCGAGAACAUUGCCAAAGCCGCCAGGGAUCUGCUCCCCAUUACCCAUGCCAAAAACUUCCAAUUCAUAACCCCCCUCCCCAAUAUUCAGAGGCCGUACCCCGACCUUUCAUACCUACAGUUCGCGGUGUCUUUCGACACCGAGGUGGUAAGCUCCCAUGCGGUGGUCCACGCUGUUCAGACCACCGAGGGCUGGCGCCUGUGGACUGUACACACGGUCAUAGAGAGUCUCCUCCAGUUCCCACCAGUCGGGCCAAGAGAUGGCCACCAGACCGGUCCCAUCAGCUGGGAGAAGCAACGUGAGAAGGACGAUGAUGAAGUCAUGCCAGACGUUGUAAUUGUCGGUGGUGGCCAAAACGGUUUGAUGCUCGCCGCCCACCUCAAGGCCCUGGGAGUCCCUGCCCUGAUCAUCGAGAAAUCCGACAUUAUUGGCGAGAUCUGGAGGAAGCGCUAUGAAUACCUCUCUCUCCACUUCCCUCACUGGGCCGACCACUUCCCAUACUUCCCCUAUCCCGAACAGUGGCCCACCUACACUCCUGCUCAAAAGAUGGGUCUCUUCAUGGAAUGGUACGCAUCUGCGCUGGAACUGCACGUUUGGACUAGCUCUACAGUCGUCAAAGCCGACCAAGAUGCGUCUGACGGUAGCUGGACUGUGCAAGUCAAUAAGGGUGGCAAGGAGAGUCGAACCCUUAAGCCUAAGCACCUUGUCAUGGCUACAUCACUCUGUGGAGUCCCAACCACCCCAGUCAUCCCCGGCAUGACCGAAUGUAAGGGUGGCGUCUACCGUCACUCUACUACCCACGAUUCAUCUCCUGAGUGGGUCGGCAAGCGAGUCCUCGUUAUUGGGACCUCAUCCUCUGGCAUGGAUACCGCCUACGACAGUGCCCGACGGGACAUCGACGUCACCCUCCUACAGCGGUCCCCUACCUACGUCAUGUCCCUAACUCAUUCCGUACCUCGAGCCAUCGGCGGCUACGAGCCUAAGAACGGAAAGCGACCAGACAUCGAGGAGGCUGACCGUGUGGCCUUCGCCACACCCACUGGCCCAGGCGAGGAGCUCGGCAGGCGGAACGCUGAGGUCCUGGAGAGGCUUGACAAGGACCUGCUCGACGGCCUCCACGCCAGGGGCUUCAAGACCUACCGGGGCCAACGGGGUACCGGUAACGCCACUCUCGGCUCAACCCGAAACGGUGGCUUUUAUUUCGAGGCCGGUGCGUGUGAGCAGAUUAUCAACGGCAAGAUUAAGAUGGCACAAGGCUACAUUAAGAGGUUCACGGAGGAUAAUGUCAUUCUUUCGGGCGGCCAUGAGGAGCAUUACAACCUUAUCGUAUUCGCUACCGGCUUCUCAAACACCAUCAAUUCAAUGCGGAACACCCUAGGUAACGCUAUUGCGGACCGAUAUGGCCCUAUCUAG